AUGCCGACCGAAGUCAUCAUCCCGGAAACAGGGUCAGAACAAGAAUCAACUACACCAGCAGAAAGUAUUGCGGAUGGAAAAGAUUUGACCACUCCAGUUCAAGAAGAGAUUUCUACCACUACUGUCGACAAGAUUAAACAAGAUGACAUCUUGGAGACACCACCUUCUCCUGGUACUUUACAACAUCCUCCACCACCUUACUCACAAUGGGAUCAACUCAGUUUAGAACAAUUACUUGAAAAGAGUAAAGAGGUUCUCACCAUGACUAACGGUGGUGAACAAAAAGAUGGUAAAAUGCUUGACAAGGCUCUUACCGAAAAUCUUCUCGCAUCAAAUGAACUUAAACAAAAAUUUGAUGCCAGUGUUGCCGCAGCUAUGGCGGUGGCUACGAAUGUUACAGAAAAUACAUUUAAUUCAGAAGAAGCUAUAUCUAUCUCUCAACCACCAACCGAGACAGACGAUAUAGUUACUUCACUUCCUUCAUCAGAAAUUUUGAACUUACCACCUACCACUAUUCAACCUUCUUCAUCAUCUCGUCAAACUUCUAGAGUACCAUCUCGUGUUCCAUCUCGUGUUUCAUCUCGUGUUCCAUCCAGAACUACUUCUCGAGCACCAUCAAGAGCACCAUCAUCUUCUAGACCAGUAUCUCGUACUGUAUCGCCAGCUCAAACUCCAAUCUCGUUAUCGAGAUCAUCGUCUAAAUAUAAAAUUGAUUACCCUACAACGGAAUAUUCCCUUGAUAUUCCAAAAAUAGAAGAGGGGAGUGAUGAAGAACUUGAAAAUAAUGAUCCAUCAUUUAAUAAGAUGUGCGAUUUAUUAAAUACAUUAAUACAUGAAGCCACGGAGGCAGUAGAAAAACCCGUUAAAGGACGUGAGAAGAAGAAACGUGCACCAUCAACUACAAGUCAAGGUUCAUUUGACUUUGGGGAUAUUAAUAAUAUGCUUGAUGAAUUAGAAGAUGAUGAAGAUGAAGGUUUUGAAUUCACCGAUUCAGAAGAGGAAGAAGAAGAAGAACCAGAUGAAUCUAUAGAUGAAAAUCAAGAAAGAGAAGAGACUCGAGGUAGAAACCUUAAAAGAUCAAAGUCACAUCAGCGACAAAAGAGUAAACAUGAAGAAAGAUUUGAACAAGGAAUGUUGGAAUUUAAUAGGAGUAUUGCAGAUUUUUCCACACUUGUUGAUGCAAUAACAACAGAAAAUGACAAUAUCCCAGAAUAUGAUCCUUGCCUACAAUAUGUGGAUCCAACUGACGAUCUCAUAAGAAAUCCAAGUGAAGGCCUUGCAAAUCUUGACGAUUUCUCGCAACAAUGUCGCCUUCUUACACGUGCGCUCAUCCUUCCAUUCUUACAUGCGACACACUCUUUCAUGUCUGAAUCGCUUAAAACUAAUUCACCAAGAAGUAUGACAAGUACAACCAGGACCUUCAUGAACCUUAUGUACUGGACAUUUUUAUUUACACUUGGAUCAUUGGUAUUAGAUGCAUGGUUAUGUGAAGUUGCAGGAAGACAAGUAAUUAGAAUGGUUGAUUUAUUAAAACCAGAACCAUUUGGUGGAUUUCUUUCAAAUAAUUAUGAACAAGCAUCAAAUGAUCAACAAGAUGGAGGGUUUGGAGUUUUGAAUGACGGUAAAAAAAAAAACGUCAAAUUUCGAACGGGCCCUAAAAUGAAGUCCGUUACGUGGAAAGGUGUAGAGACGGGAGUUGUGGGUAGUGGAAAGAGGUGGUUGAAGGAUGGAAUGAAGAAAUUGAAGAGAAAAGGUAGACGUUUGUUGACGAGUGGUCGAUGGGAUGGAUGGGAGAUAUUUAGUAGAACGACGGUGGGACAGUUUGAAGAUGAAAGUAGUGAUGAUAGUGAAGAAUGGGAGAUUGUAGACUUUGAUAGUAGCGAUGGCGAGGACAGCGAAACUGAGGAAGAUGAAAUUGAAGAUCCAGCACUUGUUCUAAGACGUAGGAUAACCAAUGAACGAUCUAGGCGUGCCGGACACGUAAACAGUAUGAUAAUUGAAGGCAGUGCAAAAAAGGAAAUAAUAAAUGAAUUGAUCGAAACUAAUGUGUCCAGUAUUACAGACCGACUAAAUGAUAUGCAAGAAACAGAUCCUUUAUUUGAGCAAAUAAUAAAUAGUACACUUUUACAGGAAUCAGAUGAAAAUCCAGAGGAUGUUAAUUUAAAUAUACCCGGUUCAUUUCCUUCAAAAUUCAAAUGGACGCCACCACCAUCCCCAAUUGUUGAUGUAACAGAAGUAACAGAAAAUGUAAGACGGGUAAUAAGUGUCGUACUACGUCGACCAAAACGUAAUGGACCUUUUGGUGGUAGUGGUUCGUUUUGGAUAAUGAAAACACGUAAAAUAAAAACACGGAAUAUAACAAGUAAAGAUGUUACUUCUGCAGUUCUUAAGAGCUCAAGUUCUAAAUCUAGUCCAAUAUCAAAGAAAAAGAGCUCAAAAUCACUACCAAUUCCCAAAAGGACAUGGAUACGACGGAAUAGUAUAUAG